AUGUCCCUGCUUCUGCUGAUGACAGGUGCUGGGUAUCAGAAACCUGAAAGGGGGAAGUCCACCCCCUAUUAUCAUGUGAUCUGCUGUAUGAAGUUGUCCUUGCGGGUGCCUACGCCGUGCCCUGUGCUGCUAUUAAGCCAUUCUCGCCCAUUAGCCUGCUUCAACGAGGUAUUUCAUCACCACAUUGUGUUGGAGUUACACAGCAAUGUUGUUCAGCGAGCAGACGGGAAAUUCUCCGGUUACGCGGUUCCAUCUGGCCUGAACCAGAUAUCCUAUGCGUGGAUACAUUUAUCACAAAUUAAGUCCCCCGGCCACAUGUUUUUCCUGGCGGAUAUAAAUCCUGCCCGGAGCCGGAACAGGUGCGCUGGAGUCGCCAUCUUCGAUGCGGGCGUACAUUCACUCGCGGUCCUGGUCCCGAUCCCGAUCUGGGUCCGGCCCCGAGGCCGAUGUGUGCAGCGUGGGCCGGUCGAGACUGUUGAUCUGACUCAAUGGAACUCCGAAGGAGACAGGAAUGACGCCAGGCCGGCGUCUCUAGUCAGCAAGUGUCGACUCGACCCGACUCGACUGGGCAGACCUACCGACAGCAGUCUCGAUGAAGCUCCACAGCCACAGCCAGGUGAUGUCUUCGUUGCGGGUGGGGCUAGCGACGACGGCGACGCGGAUGAUGGCAAACACCAUGAUGAGCACGGUCAGCGAGAGCAAGCCCAUCAGGGCUGCUUUUUGGCGCCAGGGGAUUUUGAUGUGCCAGAGGAGGCACACGGGGAUAGAGGUGACUGGGGUUGCGUAUCCUGUCAGCCCAUGCCGUCACAGCGUGGCCACGCGUACAUCCUGAAAAUGUCGCUGGCGACAUCGAACACGGUAGCGGUAACCAAGGUCUGGAACUGGAAGAGCACCGCCGGGUGCUUGUUGCAGUUUUCUGGCGGCGCAGGUCAGCAUCUCUCUGCUCUAGAUCACCAGGCUGGCGAUGGCGAAGGCCAGGACGCACCACACCCAGAUGCGAACAAACACGGCAGCGACCUCGGUGCGCAUGAAGCGGGCGUUCGUCUCCAGCGCCUGCGGGGUGGGCGUCAGCGCGCCGAUGGGGAGCUGGAACGGCGCGUACAUGGCGUCCAGCUGCGUCAGCCAGAUGAUGGCCUGGGUGAGCAGGAUGAGCCACGCAGCCGCGGUGAGGAAGUCGUCGACAAAGAAGCGACCGAAGGAGUGGAUGCGGAUGAAGAGGCGGAGAGCGAGGAAGAGACAUCCGUCAUGGAGGUGGGGUUUGGGGGAGCGCUUUAUCUGAAUCGAGGAAUUUCUAUAUAUGGCGCCGGACAGCCUAGAACCUGGAAUACAGGCCGAAAUGCCCUGCGGCGCUGUGCUCUGCUCAUGUCGUGGAAAAUACAACACCCGGCGAGAAACGCGCAGCAGCAGCAGCAGCAGCAGCAGCAGAGCAAAUGGCAGUGUAACCAACGUCGAGGGCGGGGCAAGCGUGCUGGUUGGAUCAGAUCGAUAACAUCCCUGCUAGCGGCCAACGCGAUCUGCAUCCUGCAUGUCGGCGUCGGCGGAUGGUUGGCCAUGCGUGCACAUGGCGAUAUUGACAGGCAGGGGUUAUGGGGCCAAAUGCAGGCUUCUGUGCCGCUGUCACAGAGGCGCCAGAAGGCCUAG